AUGGCAGAGGCCAUCCCAAUGAAUGCAGCAAAUGUCAACCAAAUUCCGAAUGCCACGUAUGGCGCUGGUGCUGCAAGGACUAAACAAUGCAUUUCGCGAGGAUCGAAGUUCGCAAUCCCAUGUCAAUUUUCGUCCGUUUCCAGCGUUUUUAUUAAUGUCGACCAAAUCCGGAGGAUAGUGGAGGAUCAAUGGGCAUUCGCAUGGUCCCAUGUCCAUCGCACUCAUAGAUCUGGGCCGAAUGAGUCUUUUAAGAUGCCCGACGGACAAGAUUCCGACAAUGCCGAUCGACGUAGCUCUGAUGAAGCUGCAACUAUCGAAGAAGCAACUGUGAGGGUAAAGGCAGAUGUAAGGGCGCUUCAACAACUCAGUUCCUCGGGCAGAGCAGCUCAACGGAAGAGGGAUAUAAACCAGGCAAAGAAGGGUUUUAGGGCUGUGGGUGAAGCAGUUGAUAAAUAUUUCGGAAAAGAAGGGGAGGAAGGCGGAGGACAUGAUAAGGGGAGAAAGUAAAAAUCAGCGAGUAUGGUAACAUCAUAGGAAGCUUCACCUCCAGUAACCAAACCAUAUAUUUGUUGCACAAUCUUUUGUGAGGAGGAUUUUCGGAGCUAGAUAAGAGCACCAGAGUAUUAAAUCUUUUUUAUCAUGUAUCGCCAGUAGAUAGCCUACUGUUAGUUAUGGUCCUCGAAAGCCGUCCGGAGGUCUUGGUCAUAUCUCUUCUUAUGUGAGAUUUUGUUCGCAACAAACUUCC